AUGUCUUCACCAAAUGAUGUCAGUAUGGAAGAAAUACCACUGGAAGAUGAUGAGCGAGGCAGCAUAGAAUACAAGAUCCUAAUGGCCUACGCUCAGCAGCGGUUAUCUGUCAGUAAAUAUGGACAACUUCUGAAAAACGAGGCUAAUAUGCAGAAAUCAUCAUCCUUAACCAGGAAAAAAGCAGAUAUUGACCAUCAAAUGGAUAAAGAUGGACUGAUCCAAAGAGCUGUUUAUCAGGGUGGUGUGAUGCAAGAGCACAGCAAAAAGCAACCAAAAAGAAAAUACUUGCCAGGAUAUUGUCUACCUUUUCUCUGCGGCUGCAGAGCAGAGCAGGAAAAGUCCCCAAUGCAGUCACUGCCCCAGGGUCACGUGGCACGUUCUUUUGAUUUUGAGUUUCAAAGGAGCAUGCAAAUGAGUAAAUCACUGAAUUAUUUCCUGAAAAGAUUAAUUGCCGUCUUUAUUUCUCACUCUUCUUCCCAAUCAGGAGAAACAGCAGAUGUCAACCACAUUGCAGACAAACUUGCCAAGCUUGUUACUUCCAGAUCCCAGGAAUUUCCUUCACGUGUGUCAUUCAGGGCAGUGCUUCAGGGCUCGUAUCAGAAACAAGAUGAUAGCGAUGCUGCUGGUGGAACUGAGGGCCAGGAACUCGAUGAAGAAAAGAUAAUACAAACAAUAGUUUCAUUGUUACGACAAGCAGGGGACCAACUAGAAGAAAAGAUCAAAAAGGACAGGAUUUUCUAUCAGUAUUUUCAAAACAUGCUGUCCUACAACUCCUUCAAGAGGAUCACGGAUUUGUUCCUGGAGGAUGUCUCAGGAGAUUCAACAAGUGAGCCAAGAGGCCAAGUACAAUGCAUGAAAGUUGCCUUUACAAUGGAAGUUGCCACCAGACUUAACACUGUGGACAACCAUCCUAUGAACCUGGUGUUGGGCUUUGGAUCAAAGUACCUCAGAGAACACUUCAAGCCAUGGAUUCAGGACCAGGGUGGCUGGGAGAAGGCUUUGACUUCACUGGAUCAGGAAGAAGUAGAAUAA